CUACGUCUUCCGUCCCACCUGCUGUUUUGUUUUCUCCUCAUCUGCUCAUCUCUCUCUCUUUUACCAUCACCCUUUCAUUAGUGUGUUAAUGUGUGCAUGUCUGUAUGAAGGUUCAAGUUUGGAUCUUGAAACAUUAUAAAAGGACUCAACAUGACAGAAUCUAAAGGUGGUCAACACAACAUGACCCAGGCUCUGAACUCAAACACAGCCCCUCGUCCAGACUGGCUGCUGUACGUGAUUCCUUCAAUAGCCUUCGUAUUUGGAGUGCUAUUGUUCUCAAUGGUUUACAAAACACAGCGUCGCAGAGAAAAAAUGUUCAGACGAGUUGCUGCACUAAAGACGGUGAUGAACUCGACCGCGACAGGACACACGUACUCGGGGUACACAAGUCAACAAACCAAGGGGGAGAGCAAGGACAUACGCCAACUGCAGAGUUGUAGAAAUUCUGAAGGAAACCUCAAAAAACAAGAGGCUCAGUCUUAUGAGAACGUUACAUCAAUUAUCUACAAUAAUGAGGAGAAAGUCAACUACUGCCUCCGUCAGGAUGCAGAUUAUAUCACUCCUGAUGGGACAGAUACAGACAACUCCACCUACCUUCAACCACUUAAGAACCUUAGAGAGACUGAGUCGUAUGAGAACAUGGACGGGUGUGUGUAUUCUCAUCCUCGCCAGCCCAGACUAAAGAAUGCACUCAGCACUGGGGAUGAUGAUUAUGUCGAUCCUGAUGUAGAGGGCAAACGCAACCUGGAACAGACAGACACAGAGUCCUAUGAGAACAUGGCUGGCUCCAUAUGUCCUGGUACAAGAGCACACACCAGCUCACAAACUGUGGAUGAAGGAUGGUAUGAGUGCAUGGACAGAAGACAAGGACUUACAUAAUACAUGACAUGUGUGACAGACUUAAAAGACAGACACACACACACACACGCUCACAUACACACAUACAAUUUACUAACCACCCAGGGAGUAAUAAUACAGGACACAAAUAAUAUAAAUUAUAAAAAAGGAAAAAAUAAAGGAUAAGGAUACAGUACAGUUCAUUGUGGACUGUAUCAGGAUUGUUAUGAAUGAGAACAGCAGCUCCUUCUCUGUACACGGUGACUUCCACUGGUCACAGACACUGAGUGGUCUUUUGAGGUCUUGAGCUCUCUAGGUGUUUAGACACCAGUACACGCUGUGGGUCAUCGGCAGGUAGCAUGCUGUUAAUGAAGGCUUCCUCCAGGCUGUAGUCGAAGGUCCAGCCUAACUCUCAGCUCAUACUGGAGUCUUACCAGAACCAUCAGCAAUAAAUGAGCGAAUGGAUGAUUGUUACAGAGACUGAACAUGGUGGUGGGAUGGACAGAAGAAGCUAAAUGGUUUGAUGUAUCUCUUGUUCUAAUGUGACAUGCUAUGUUAACUUCUCUGUUCUGUUAGCGGAGCAGAUGUCGAGAAAAUGGGGUAGAGAUUGAGAAACCUGUUCUGGAGACAUUCCAUUGGAGAAAUCCUAAAACUAAAAUUCAUUGAUAAAAAACAAACAGUUCUAGAAUCAGACAGAGCCUAGAGUUCUGUAAAAAGAUGCUGUAACUGUUCUCAGAACUGUUCAAGUUUUAUAAUCCCCCCCGAUUUAAUCGAUCUGUUAAUUGUAAAUUAAAGGACUUCAGGACGACCUCAAACCUCCUUACCUCAGUCACCACAACCUAGCUAGCAUAGCUAAAAUGCUAAGGUGGCUAAGGUUAAUGUAUAUGCUAACAUCACUUUGCAUUUGAUUGAACUCCACCAUCUGUACCUUACACGCCGUUCUUUGUCAACUUCCUGUGUCAGUUUUUUUAUGUGAUAAGUUAAACUACAAUUACCAUAGUUAGCUAAAGUGAUGUAUAGCGGACCGCUAGCAGUUUGACCUCUGCAAGGCAGCUGACACUCAAAUCGACCACACCCCUAAUUAUGCAUAAUUUUAUUGCUUAUUUUAUUUUUGUAUUAACUGAUGAGUUACUGUAUAGUGAAAAAAAUCUAGCUAUGGAGACCAAAAACAUUUUUCAUAUCAGGCUGUAGACAUGCUUAUAUCUGUUAUACCUUUGAACAAGUCUGUGAUGAACAUUUUUGGAGCCAGACUCAUUAUUUACAACUGGAGUUUGUCCAUUGGGAAACCUCAAUAGAAGCUAGAAAAAGGAGAAAAAUUUUCAGAAUAUUAUUAUUAACAAUAUUAGUAGAAAACUUUGUGCUGAACAAAGUGGUGGUGUUGAUGUUUGAUCACGUGGUUCUGCUUCCUCAUGUUGUCACAUCUACAGCGCUAGCUCUUAAUUUACUUGAUUUUUCAGGAGUUUAAACCAAUUUUUUUUAUUUAAAACUGAAGAUCUUAUCUGUACCAGUUAAAUGCAAAAAAAAAGUUCAAACCACUCUUUUUAUCUAGAACUGCUUGGACCAGAUGAAUUCUAGCAAUGAGUGUAAUGUCCAUCAUAAGGGUAAAAAGAAAUACUGCCCUCUACUGGCAUGAUGUAAGAUUGAUUAAUAUGUACUCUUGGGUCAGGCCAGUGUUAUUUAUGAAUCCAGUUGGCAAUGAGCUGUGUUUUAUUUUAGGACCAUAACCAUGAGCUGUGCUAUAAAUCAGGCUGUAUUUUUGUAAAAUAUAAUAAUUUUGUUUUAAGACAUGUAAUUAAUAAUAAAAAUAAAUAAAUAAAGUCAGUCAC